UUCAGUUGAGAUUCGCGUUUCCAUCGGUCAAGACCCGUCCGCGGUUCACCUUUUUUUACCUUUAUUUUUUUGUGUUCUCGUGUCCGACCACCUCACUUAAGCCACCCUGAGUUGUGGUGUUUGGCCAAGCAAAAGUUUUAAUUGGAUUACGUUUGCGAAAAGUUCGUUGUUGUCGUGGUCGCCAACUGCGUUUUUGCGCUUCUUCAGGUUUGCGCGUUUUGCUUUUGUAGAAAGUGUCGUGUGUGUGUUUCUGGACACUUCCCCAGAGCGGCCUCAGGCGGGUGGAAAAAGGGGGCCCUGAAAUGUUGUUCCGUCCCGCACGGGACAGGGGAGGCAGAGGACGAAGCAAAACCAGCUUCUGGGCGAGUGUGUGAGUGUGAGUUUUCGUGGGUUUUCGUUGUGUGUCGAGAAGGUGUCCAAGAAUCUUGAAAGGAGGAGAAGGAGAAAGAGUUGUUUGCUGGGUUGUUCCUCCGUGGCCAGCAGCAACAGCACCAGAAGAAGUUGGCCAAAGCAACUAAUGCAGAAGCAGCAGCAAAGAAGAGUCGAGUAUUUGUGUGGUGUGCGUGUUUGAGCCGAGAGAAUCAAGUCCAAGAAAGAAGCAAGAGCAAAAGGCGAAGGUCCGGCGAAGGCAAAUUAAGGGGAAGAGUGCGCCGGGGCCAGGCCAGGUCUGACGUGCGAGUGCUAGUCCGUCCACCUUCGGCGGGGUCGACUAAAGUGCCCACAGGAAAAUCAGUGUGUGUGUGAGUGUGGGCCGUAAUCAAAUAUUGAAACACACGACGGGCGAUAAGAGAGUUGGAAGCGUAUUUUUUGGUCGGUUGUAAUUCUGGAUUAAGUUGCUGCUGCCCCAGUAUGCUGCGAUUUCUGAGUCGCCGCAAGACCCGGAACGUGGGACCCGGGUCGGACGUGGCAGACAGUCAGAUCAAGUCACAGCGGAUACCCACCAACAAAAACCUGGUGCCGUGCCGGGUGAUUCUGCUGGACAACACGGACCUGCCGGUGGAUUUGACGAAAAAAGCCCUGGCCGGUGAUUUAUACGAGCAAGUUUUCUACUCGUUGGACCUCAUCGAGAAGGACUACUUUGGGCUGCAGUACACCGAUGCCAACAACGUCAAGCACUGGCUUGAUCCGACGAAAGCGAUCAAGAAGCAGGUCAAAAUUGGCCCUCCGUACACCCUGCGACUCAAAGUAAAGUUCUACUCCUCGGAACCGAACACGCUGCGCGAAGAACUCACCCGGUACCAGUUCUUCCUCCAGCUCAAACAGGAUCUCCUCGAUGGCCGGCUCGAGUGUCCGGAUGCGCAGGCUUCCGAGCUGGCCGCGCUCGCCCUUCAAUCUGAGCUGGGCGACUACGACGACACGAUCCACACGGCGGCGACCGUGUCCGAGUUUCGGUUCGUGCCCAACCAGACGGAGGAGCUGGAGCUGGCGAUCCUGGACGAGUACAGAAAGUGCGCCGGCCUGACGCCGGCCCAGGCCGAGACGAGCUUCCUGAACAAGGUCAAGUGGCUGGACAUGUACGGCGUCGACAUGCACACCGUGCUGGGCAAGGACGGCUGCGAGUACCAUCUGGGCCUGACGCCCACCGGCAUCCUGGUGUUCGAGGGCAUCCAGAAGAUUGGCCUCUUCUUCUGGCCCAAGAUCGGCAAGCUGGAUUUCAAAAAGAAGAAGCUCACCCUGGUGGUGGUCGAAGACGACGACCACGGCCGCGAGCAGGAGCACACGUUCGUCUUUCGGUUGCACAACGAGAAGGCCUGCAAGCACCUGUGGAAGUGCGCCGUCGAGCAUCACGCCUUCUUUCGACUGCGCGCUCCCGUCAAGGGCCCGUCGGCGCGGCAGAACUUUUUUCGGAUGGGCUCCCGCUUCCGAUACUCUGGCAAGACAGAGUUCCAGACAACGCAGCAGAACCGAGCCCGGCGGACGGUCCAGUUCGAGCGGAGGCCCUCGCAGCGUUUCGCCCGACGUCAGUCGCACGUGCUGCGAGACCGCCAAAAGCAGGUCAAUCCCGACCAGCAGCAGCAACAGCCAUCGCAACAGCCUGCGUGUACCGCUGACGAUGCUCAGCACUCCACGUCGGGAACGUCAACUCCAUCCGCGAACACGGUGAUCCACAACCACAUCUCUGCGUCUGCGAGCAGUGCGUCGGACAUUGGGCUGCACGUGGUGAAUGGGAACCUGCCGUCGCUCAGCUCGAACAAGUCGAUCUCGAGCAGUGAGGACAUUGCGUACGGGGGCAAGUUGGGAUCGUUCGGGAAGGCCGGCGUUGCGUACAAACCCGAUGAACACGUGGGCAAGCUGAUUGACCACGAUGUACCGUUUCUGCGGGCGCCCGGUGGCAGUCACCAUCACGGGGGUUCGUUCGGCAAGGCUUCCAUCAGUUCCGGGUUCAGCAUCCGGACGAACUCGUCCGAUCGGGACAGCCAAAUUGACACGUUGAUGAAGUCGAUCGCCAAGGAUCCGUCGCCGUCGCUGCACGGCGUGGAACUGAACGACGCCAGUAGCUUUAAGAUCACCAUCAACAAGACUUCGGAGCUGGAGACGAACAACGAUACGUUGAAGAAGCUGGCCGUUUCGGCCACCCCGGAGAAGCCAAACAAUCAGAUCAAACUGUCGAACGCAGCGAUAACGCCGCUGCCGCCCGGCCAGAUCAAGUGCAAUAUUUUGAAAGCACGCGUCGAAGAAGAACUUCACCCGAAACUGACCAACCAUCAGCUGUACGUACCAAGUCAACCGCUGCACGAUGGACCGGACUCGAUGAACGCGGCCACGUUUGUGUCGGUGGGCGGUGACAAGCUAACCCUGAAUCUAACGGGAACCACGACUCCGACGGUCAGCGGUCACACCACCGUAACCACGAUGAUAGGCACCGCAAGUCCGGCGGUCAUAACACCGGUGACCACACCGACCGCCCUUCCGUUCAAAAGCUUCCUCCCGUCGUCACCACUGCCACCGCCACCGGUCACGCCACCUCCCUCUCUCGUUUCCAACACCAGCACGACCGCGGUCCACAACAGUCUCCCCGAUCAAAGCACCUUCCUGCUAAACAACGGAUCUUCCCCGCCGGACAGCGUAACCGUGACGCACUUUUCCGAACAAAAGGGCGGCAUCGUGGAGAAAAUCAGCGUUCCUUCCGCCAGCAUUCUGGACGCGGCCCUAACCGUUGAAAAACUCGUCAACCUCAACCCCUUCCUAAGCAUGUCCUCUGGUCCGUCCUCCCCAACCUCCGUAAUCGCAGUGACCACCCCCAGCAAAACCUCCACCAAUCCCUUCCACAACAUCUCCUCGAGCAGUUCCGGCAACUCGGAACCGUCCGAAUCCGUGCCCAGUUCGCCUCCCCAGCAUCAGCUCGAGUUCAAGAGUAGCAACCCGUUCAAGGACGUCGGCAGCAGGGCGCGCAGCAAAUCCCCGGCCGUAAUCACCAGCCGGGGAACGUCCCCCAGCGUGAACGGAACUAGCAAAAACAACGGCACUUCCGCGGCAGUAGAGCUGAAGGACCUGCGGAGAACGCCCAGCUUUGCUGGUAAGCGACGGUCGGUGGAGCUGGCGGUGCCGGUGGAACCGGUGACUGCGACGACGGUGAUGGUAAGCGAUUCGACGGAUGCUGCUCCUCCGGGAUUGGCGGUGAACACGACGACGCUCAGUAAUGGAAGUGCGAUGUUGGACGAAAAGAAGGCAGUUCAGGCGACGAUUGCCAAGGAAGCCCUCAAGGAGAACAUUAAGCCCCACUCGAUGCAUAUCUCGCCCUGGCUCGUCUCGUCCGACGUCGUGACCGGUUCGGCGAAGGAGGCCACCAUCAUCCGGAAGUCGGUUAUAACUACGCAGCUGUAGGAACUCGACGCGUUUCUUCUUCUUCGUUGAGCUUGUAAAAGUGUUUUAAUUUUACCCGCAGAAUCACACGAAAAAUUGUGUAGCAAAAACCUCUAUUGUUUUAUGUUUCAAGUACUUAAACCGACUUUAUUUGUUGUAGCAGUAACAAACCAGAGCAGCUUUUGGCAGAAAUGAUGAUGAUCAGCUGCAGCAGCAGCGUCCAAGUAGUAUUAAACGAUCUCAACACAUUCCACCACUGUUUGCCUUCCGCAUUCUCAAGAUCUUUGACAUUGAAAUCCUAAAGUUUAGCUGUGAAAUCCAUUUCGCCUUCGAAAGUGGUGCUUUUUCUUCGAAGAAACUACCGGAAACAACGCAUUCCUGCUUUUUUUUGUUUGCCUCUAUUAGCGUUAAUCUGUUCUAACUAAACCGAAAUACUUGGUAAGAUUUAUCAGAAUCAGUCAGAUUCGCCCCUGCUUAAACAUUGUCUAAGUUGAGUGAUGCUGUCCACAUCGAAUUAGUUUGUACCGUUUUUUCUUGCACCAUUCAGAGAAGUACUUAAACCCCACACACACCUACGUAAACCACAUCGACAGACCGACACAUUAGUUUGUGUAAGUGCACUUAGAGAUUCAGGUGCCAUCAUCAUCUGGAAAACGAAAGGAAGCAAAAGAAAACUGAAUGAAUGAGGAAGUAGCCUAGUUGAUAAGUAUUUAUUGAGAGUGUUUGCUGAAACAUCGGUAAACAACUCUGUAAACAUCAUGUGUGUUUAGCAAAAUGUGAAAUAAUUUUAAAAAUUAUGAUCAUGCAGAAAAGCAAAAAAUGAAACUAGACAACAGGAAACACGCCACGGAAAACGAAUUACAUUAGCCGUAGUAAAAAAAUCUAUACUUAUUCACUAUAGCUUGUAGGAGCGGAUUUUAGUGCAGUGCAAGAAAAGUUAAAAGCCUUAACAAAGUGAGAACGUGAAUCAAAAUUUUAACGUGUAAACGUGUAUCUAUUUACAGUCAGAGUAUUUUUAAAAUUGAAAAUUUUUAAAAUUUGAAAAAAGUUUUAUAUAUAUACAUAUACAUACAACGCAAGCUACACAGAUUGACGCUUGAUUUGUGUACUUUUCAAUAUAUAUUAUAUAUGAAAUGCCUUAUGUUUAUUAUAUGUACUUCGAAACUGAUCAGGAACUAUCAUUGCAUUGAUACUAUUGAUGGAAAACACAACGGUGAACUGUUUGAAUUGCAUUAAAAAGAAUUGAAUAAAAAACAAGAUUGCAGUUCUGCAGACUAGUUGGCAACUUCCAUGUGCGAAUGAUAGAGAGGAAGGAUAAAUCAAUUACAGAAGUUUAUAUACAUAUAUUUAGAAAACUUUUUGCAACAAGUGAUGAAAAAAUAUGAAUUAAAACCAUGUUUAAAAGCAGUGUACUUGA